AUGGCGCUUUUAUUCAUCAAGCAAAAGUUCUUUCCGAGUCAGGCCAACAACGGCAAGUCCAAAGAUAGUAGCAGAAAGCCUCUCCUCUCCCCUGAAGAUUCAGAUACUCUCCAUGGCUUCUCCGACUCAGACCUCGAAUCGCAGCGUUCAUACAGCACAUUCCACAACCCCUCUGGUCUGGAGAACAACGAUUAUGACACCGACAGCACUUCCAGUGGCAGCACGCGCGCGCGCAUAAAUCCGCGCAUCGUCUCGGAUGCGAUCUUGGGUCUUUCAGACGGAUUGACGGUUCCGUUUGCGCUGAGUGCGGGUUUGUCUGCGCUGGGAAAGACUAAGGUUGUUGUCCUGGGAGGAUUGGCAGAGUUGACUGCUGGUGCGCUUUCGAUGGGAUUGGGUGGUUAUGUUGGCGCGAAGAGUGAAGCAGAGUCGUAUGAAACCACCGUGCGCGAAACAAAAGAAUUGAUUCAAACCUCUCCCAUUGAAACUGGUGCCAUUGUGCACAACAUCUUCUCCUCGCAUGGUAUCCCCUCCGACGUCGUCAGUCAGAUAAACGCCUCCCUGCAUGCUUCUCAUGACCGCCUCCUUGAGUUCCUAAUCACCUUCCACCACAAAGAAUCGCAACCGGACUGCAACCAAGCAUGGAUCUCGGCCAUUACCUUGGCCAUUGGUUAUUUCGUUGGAGGAUUCAUUCCGCUGAUCCCCUAUUUCAUUGCGGAUCAGGUCAUCGCCGCGCUGUAUUAUAGUAUUGGCGUGAUGGCAGUGACAUUGCUGGCAUUUGGAUAUAUCAAGACCUGCAUCGUGCGUGGGUGGAGUGGACGUGAGAAUAUCAUCGCCGGUAUUCGGGGAGGAAUUGAGAUGUGUUUUGUCGGUGGUGUUGCUGCUGGCGCUGCUAUUGCUCUGGUCAGGUUGAUUGACACUGCCUAG